AUGGCAACUACAGCUACGCAAAAGCAGACCAAACGACUACGAUCCAGAAAAAGCUGCCUCAUUUGUCGACAAAGAAAAGUGCGCUGCGACGUUGAUGACACGUACCCGUGUAGCACAUGCAUCAAGAAGAAGGUCGAGUGCCAUGUUAACGAACGACGACGCCCUAAGAAAUCAACGCCAGACUACCUUCGGAAAAUAGAAGGACGCAUCAAUCGCUUGGAGCAAAAGCUUAUCAGUAAAGGUAUAAAACUCACGACAAGCAGCAUCAAGGAUAAUGCAACAACAACGCCAAUAUCUCAAUACACCAGCUCUUCUUCCACCUCAUCAUCAUCACCGGCAUCCAGCACUUGUUGCAGUGGCAGCCGAUCGCAUAACGAUGAAAGAGAGAGUCAUUUACAGAUCGCUUCAAUUGAUCCAUCCAACACUAUGCAUGACCCAGCAUGUGCGUCUAGCGAGCAAUUACAAGCGAUGGAUGAUAACCAAAAUCCCGGCGACAUGGUGACCAAUAGCGAUCCCAUGGAUACCACAUCAUCCGCGGAUGAUGGAUCAAGCUGCUUUGGUGACACAAAUCUAUCACGUUGGCAACACUGGCAACAACAACGCUUACACUUGUUCAAAGAGAUACCCCUCAUGACUUUGGAGCUAGCCGAUGCUAUGAUUGAAUUCUAUUUCCAUCAUAUUCAUCCAGGAGUACCGAUCAUCAACAGAAUUGAAUUCUUGAGGCAGUACUAUUUUCAAUAUCCACAUGCGCCUGAUGAGUACUUGCUUUACGCCAUAUGCGCUAUUACAUGCCAUUUCAUCAUCAAGGAAAAGGAUUUGGUAACAAAGUGCAAGGUUACAGCCAAUACGAUACGAUCUUUGCAUUGUUGCUUGGAAUCGAAGGCGUCAAAGGUGUUGGAAUCUAUAUUUCGAAAACCCAGCAUCAGUGGUAUUUGUACCUUGUUGCUGUUGGCUUCCGUCUAUCACAAGUCUCAAGCACAAGAGGACAACCGGAUGCAAUGGCUGAUGUGUGGCACCGCUAUUCGCAUAGCUCAAGAUCUAGGAUUUCAUCACAAUGAAAGGCAGCAACACCUUGCUCAACAUGAAGUAGAGCUAAGACGACGCAUAUGGUUUUAUGCCUACUGUACCGAUCGCGAGAUCUCUUUUGACACCAAACGUCCGUGGAUGAUCGUGGAAGGCGACUAUGAUUUUGAAAUGCCAACACCAUACGAGAUACCGCCAAAUAAUCAAAGUUGGACUGCUGAUGUUAACACCCCUAUGCCGAGCCUGCUCCUAGAGGCUGAAAAAGAUUUGCAUGAGCAACGGCCUAUCUAUGACAUGUUCAUCUACUGCAUUCCAUUUACUCAGCUUUUCAGCCAAAUUGUUGGACAUUUAUAUUCGACAAGUAUAUGGGGCGAUGAAAAAGACAACCAAAUCCAUGUUGCUCGCGUGCUUUCAAGAGAAGUGGAUUCCAUCACCAACAAUACUAUCAGCAUCUUACGACAACUCGAUGCUACGUCUCUAGCUGCACAAGCCGAUCGCACAAAAUAUAUAUACCUUAAGAUGAAUCAGCUUUCUCUCAAGCUGAUUAUCCAUCAACUUUUUAUCUCGAAUGAUGAGAUGGCUCAUACUGAUUUUGGAUUGCAUUCACUUCAAGUAUGCACGGAGGCAGCUAUUGGUAUUAUCGAUAUCAUAGAGAAGCUAGAGAUUAUGGGUCCAUCCAAUAUGCCAUGGAUAUAUAUAGGAUGUCUUAUCAUGCAAGCAGCUAGCGUGUUCACAAUCCAUGCUGAGAGCAACAAUGGGGUCCUAAAGCUUUUGGGGUCACAUAAUCUUGCAAGAUGUGCUGGUAUAUACCUUAGAGAUGAUGAGCAAUGUGGCAGCCGACCAGCACAAAUCCUCAAAUCAUUAGCAGCAAAAUACUCCUCGUCAAACAUAAUGCAGCAAUGCGGUUUUGGUUACCAGACCUACUAUGCCGCCAGUGAUGCAACCCUUGGAUCUGAUAAAGAAGAGCAACAUCAGCAAUCAUUUGGAUCAACACCACCACCGCCCAUAUUUAAUCAGCAUUACCCACUUUUGAUUGAUGAUGCAAGUAAUACCUUGGACACCGCAGCAUCUACUGCUUUUAUACAGUCUUCAAAUACGGCAUUAGAAGCACUCUAUGGAAUUGAUACAACUCAGCAGCUACAACCAAAGGCAACAAUUCCAAUUACGCACCAGACGUUUGAUGAUCCGCAAGGAGCAAGAAGCACCUUGCAGUUCAAAGCUACUAGUAGGGAUACAAUAGCUAGAUCGACGUUCAUGUCAUGGGAUGAAUGGGACUCUCAUUUACAAUAG